AUGGUUUGGUAUCAGCAGCAACAUUAUUCAUCGUACGAUUGUAUGCAACAAAUGAUAACACCAUCGUCGACAUUUCAUUAUGAAAAUAUUCAAAAUGAAUAUCUACAUCAUACGAUGAAUACAAUGCAACGACGAUGGCCGAAUUGUAUUGAUGAUAGAAAAGCAAAAUCUCGCGUGGCUGCUAAACAUCGUCGUAGUGCUGAAAAUAAAGAAUUUACUGAUUUAUCCAAACUAUUACCAUUACAACAGCAAAUAGCAGCACAACUAGACAAAGCAUCAAUUAUAAGACUGACAAUUAGUUAUUUAAGAUUACAUUCAUUUUGCCAAAAAGGUGAUCCACCUUGGCCGUCAACAGCAACAGAUACUAAUUAUUCAUUAAUUUCAUCAAGAAAACGUAUUUUAAGUGUAUUGGGUACCGAUGAAGGAUGUCAAUUAUUACAGUCAUUGGAUGGUUUUAUGUUUAUUUUGGCUGCUGAUGGAAGAAUACUAUACAUAUCUGAAUCUGUUUCCAGUAGUCUCGGUUUAUCUAUGGUUGAAAUGACUGGAAAUCUUGUGUUUAAUUACGUACACGAAGAUGACAAAAAAGUGUUUGCGGAUAACUUGGGUUUUGAAGUUUUACCUCCAGACUCACCCAUCGCAAAUGUUGAAUCAGAUGAUCAAGAAUCAAUUGGAGUUUUAGCAGAACAAUAUCCAAAAAUGCAAGCCUCUGGAGAUAAAAAAUUUCUGAAAAAGUCAUUUUGUAUACGAAUGAAAUCCAAUUUAACCAAACGUGCACCAAACAUGAAAACAGCUGGAUAUCGAUCCGUACAAAUUGUUGGUGAAUAUCGAUGGCUUCAUCCAAGUUAUCGAAAAUCCGAUAUCACUGAUACAAAUCAUAUCAUUGGUUUUGUUGGUGCUGCUUUGAUACCUUGUUUAAGUCCAUCAUUAAAUGAAUUUACAAUUCCCGAACAUCAACAUGUGAUAAAAUUGAGUCAUACAAUGCAUAUUAUGCAUAUUGAUGAAAAGCUACAAAGAAUUUUAAACUGGGAUAUUACAUCACAAUAUCAUCAUCUCUCGUUUUAUUUAUAUGUACAUCAAAAUGAUUUGUUAACAUUGACUAACGCUAAUAGAGAAUUGUUAACUCGUCAACAAUUAGUUUUAAAUUUAAUUCGUCUUCAAACAAAUAUUAUGGGCCAUGGGAACUAUAAAAAUCAUAUCGUUGGUCAACAGUGGAUAUGGUGUGAUAUUUUAGCAACAUUAAUGACAACGAAAACGACAGAUGAAAAUUUCAUUAUUUUGGUAAUAGAAAUACUUGGACUUGAUGAAGGCCUGACGAUACAACCAGUUGACGAAUCAGCAGAGAACGACUAUGUGAAACGUAUUUGUCGAUCUACAUCAUCAACGUCUAUUGAUUCUGAAAAUACACGAUUAUCAUCCAGUUUUGGUAAUCAGAAGCCCAUGGUCGAACAUAUAUCGUCAAAUAACUAUGAUACAACUUAUCUACCGUCAUCAUCUGCAAACAGUUCAUAUUUUCCUAACCCAAUCACUCGUCAUACGUCAACGUCGAGUUCAAAUUCGAGUUCACCACCGGUGCCAACACUGUCUUUGUCUCAAAAUGAUUUACAAUUACCAUUACCAGUAACGAUAAAACAAACACGUCCAUCAGUAAUCACUAAACGUAGUGCUAAUCGUCAUUCAUCUCUCAUCAAUGAGCUAAGACCGUAUCACAAGCAACAGUAUGAAAAUGACAUUAUGCACAGUAAUUAUUUUCUUGAAGCAAAUAAUUCGAGUUAUUUUCCGUCGAACGACUUUCAUCAGCAACAACAUUAUCGUCAUCAUUGUCAAUAUGAAUUAUCACAUGAUCAACUAUGGUACAAUGGCAAUAGCGUGGGACAUGAUCAGUAUAAUAAUAUAUAUUCGCAGAAUGAACAACAACAACUAAAUUACACAUUCGAUUAUAUGAACUCAUAA